AUGAAUCUGAAUAAUUUAGAUGACUUAGACACAUAUGUCAACUACAAUCCACUCAAAGGCGUGCUUGCUUAUGAGUCAUCAGGUGAUGAAUACGAAGCUGUACAUAAAAAAGAAAGUCGAUGGACAGUAAGACCUACACAGAUUUGGUACCAAUAUCUCAGAAAGACAUCUUUUAAAAAAAAUGCUGCACUUGUUUCUUAUGAUAAUGCAAACUAUGUUAUAGUUACGGAUAACGAUAAUAAUAAGCCUAGUACAUCGUUAUUACGGGUUGAUCUUUCACCAGAAUGGAAACACCAACUCCAAAUCUCGGACUUCGUAAGCGAUAAUGAUGAUGAAUCCAUAAAAGAUCCAAACUAUGAGUCAGAUUCUAGUACUUCUAGUUCAUCCUCCUUUUCUACAUCAAGUGACAGUUUUAGCUCAAGCAGCAGUUAUAGUCCAGGUUGA